AUGACUGAUGAUAUUGAAGAUGCAGUGAAACGAUUUGAAGCGGUUCACUUGAAAAGAGGGCCCGAUGAGCAGCGAUACGGAGAACUCGCUCAGAUAAAGAACGAAAACUAUCAUCUGAAAUUGGCACUUGAUGAGAAAAAUAUGGAACUGGAGAAACUGAAGAAAACGGUGCAACGGGGUGUAUUUCUCGAAGAUGUUCACAAAUUUUCUUCGCAAGUCGAGAGUAACGCACCGAUGUUUGUUGCGGGACCGCCGAGCGACUCCGGCAGCUGCGGGACCGACCUGGAGAUCGUAACUCAUUUUUCAGGGUCCCCCUACAAGGGCAAGAGAACCAAUUCCAAGGCUACUGAAAAUUCGGUGGCUACGACGUCAACGUCCAAUAUCAAGGCAGAGCAUGUUUUCUUCAAGCAGAACGUUGUGCCAUUCAUCGAGCAAAUGAUCGCAAGCCUGAAAUUGAGCAGCGUCUUCAAGCAGGAAGGCCGGAAGUUGCAGGAGAAAUACGACAAAUUCGAAGGUGAACUUUGGGAUUCUAAAUUUGAUACAUGUUUGUUGACUGACAUUUUCGAUGAUAUCCUCUAUUUUUAUAGACAGAUGACGUCGGUCCUGAAUCGGGAAUUGAAGUUCAAGGAGCUUUCGCAAAGGCUCGAAUACCUCUUCUCGAUUUUUUUGGACCCUAGAGAAUACGAUCUUGAUCCGCAAGAACAUAUCGAGUAUCUGAGGGAAGAGAUAAGUGAUACUCUGAUCCGGAUAUUCCAUUAUCAGGAUAUGCCGCCUGAAAAGGAGCGUAUCGAUUACGACAACACGAACGAAGCCAUGCAUCACGACUACACACCGGGUAGAAUUAGUGGACCACUGCUCAGCAGAAACAAGAAGCAAGCAGCCAAGCGAUUGAAAUGCAUCGAGCAGGGUUUCGAAAUUUGUGCCAAUGCCAUGAACCAAGCUUUCGGAGACAAGCAACAGCUCAGAGUGCAGGAGGAUUCGAUCCCCAGCGUCCUGAGCAGCACAGGGAUGGUUAGCGAGAUCUCAGAGAAUGCAAUGAGGGAAAAGGAUAGAUUGAAGGAGAGCAAAAGUUCCCUAGAGUUUAUACCAAUCGGAUACGACGAAAAUACACUAAAUUCAAAGACCCCUCAGCGUAAAGCUUAUCAAACCCAACAGCUGAAUGAGAUAACACCUAAAGCAAACGACGAAAAUGAUCCUCUUCAAAUGUUUUUCCAAGAACAAGCUAGCUUUUAUGAUAACAACAUAGAUAGGCGUUGCAAAUAA